UUGCCCUCUGCUAAGUUGGUGCUGGUAUUAGGAGACCUUCACAUCCCGCAUCGCUGCAACAGCCUCCCAGCCAAGUUCAAGAAGCUCCUGGUUCCAGGGAAGAUCCAACACAUCCUUUGCACUGGGAAUCUCUGCACCAAGGAGAGCUAUGAAUACCUGAGGACGCUGGCCGGGGAUGUCCAUGUUGUCAGAGGAGACUUUGAUGAGGGCCUCAGUUACCCACAACAGAAAAUUGUCACGGUCGGACAGUUUAGGAUCGGUCUUAUCCACGGCCAUCAAGUUAUUCCCUGGGGCGAUCUGGCCAGCUUGGCAAUCCUGCGGAGGCAGCUCAAUGUAGACAUCCUAAUUUCGGGGCACACACACAAAUUCGAGGCGUUGGAGCAUGAAAAUAAGUUCUACAUCAACCCUGGAUCGGCCACCGGGGCCUACAACGCCUUGGAAAGAAAUAUCAUUCCUUCAUUUGUUCUGAUGGAUAUCCAAUCCUCUACAGUUGUAACAUAUGUCUACCAACUUAUUGGUGACGACGUGAAGGUGGAAAGGAUUGAAUACAAGAAGUCUUAA